GCCUCUUCCGCGGGGCCCCACCGAUUUCACAGUCUGUCCUCUCCCCUCCGCAUCUCCAAGUCUCUUCCAAGUUCCAACCAAUGUCUCAUUAAAAAAAAAAGUCUCUUCCAGCCAUGGCCACCGCCGCCGCUUCGCCGCCGCCGACCGCCACCGGGGACAACGUCCGCCUCCUUAUCCCUGGAUUCCUCUCCCCCGAGACCUGCAAGGAGCUGGAGUUCGUCCACUGGAGCUGCGGGACGGCGGGGUACCGGCCUUCGGUGGUGUCUACAUCGCUGCCGCAUCUGGCUGCCACCGGCUGCGGCCACCUACUCCUCCCCUUCGUGCCCAUCCGCGAGCGACUCCGCGAUGCCGUCGAGUCCUUCUUCUCCUGCCACUUCGACCUCUUCGUCGAGUUCACCGGACUAGUCAGUUGGUGCAAGGGUGCUUCUAUUGGAUGGCACAGUGACGACAACAAACCUUAUCUUAGGCAAAGAGCCUUCACGGCUGUGUGUUACUUGAACAAUCAUGGAAAGGACUUUAAGGGUGGACUUUUGAAGUUUCAGGAUGGUGAACCCUCCUCUGUUAUUCCAGUUGCCGGUGAUGCUGUCAUCUACACUGCUGAUAAUCGUAAUGUGCAUUGUGUAGAUGAGGUAACUGAGGGUGAAAGGCUCACGCUUACUCUUUGGUUCACCAGAGACAGUACCUUUGAUGAGGAUCCAAAGCUCCUUAGUUUUCUCUCCCAGGCAUCACUGAGCUAUGAGCCAGCUGAUCAGAACUCUUACAUUCCUCUGCCAGCCUCAGAUAACAUGUACUGGUUUUCCUACGGCCAGUCUGGCUUUGACAUACGAUGUGCUAGAAUCCACAUUCUAGGGUUUAAUUUUCGUGCAAGCAGCGAUGAAGACAGUAAGAGUACAUCUGCUGCUCCAGCUGAUGACCUCAUAGAGUUGCUUGGGAAGCCACUGCGAAUUGGGAGGGGAGAUGAUGUCUUUGGCAAGAUAUUUGCCAACAGCUUGCAUGCUCUUCAGGUGGUGCAAUUUUACUACUGGAAAGCACCUGAGCUGGCAGCAAGGAGAAACCAGACUAAUGGUGGUUCAGAAACAGUUUGCUAUCCUACUAUACAAGUACAUCAAUCAAGUGGAACAGAACUUCCAUUACCGUGUAACCAUGGACUUGCACAAACCAUAUUUGGAUCAUAUAGCAAUGUGGAUUCUGUUGUCGAAUGGGAUGAUGUUGUGUUAGCACUUGCUAUGUGGGAGAAUUAUUCAGAAGAACUGAAGAGAAAGUUGUCGACAUUUUUGCCAUAUUGGCUGUCCAAUGGAACCAUUUUUGUUGUAGAUCCUUCCGAGCCCACCCAGGUAGCAUUACUUCUGAUGAGGCCGUGGAGAAUUAUGGAUUUAAAUGUUGCUCAUUGGGGUAAUCUCUCCAAGAUGGAUUCACUGAUAAUUAAAACAUUAUUGAGACCGUUCCUUGAUAUAUGUGUUUCAGACAGCUUCCAUAUGGCUUAAUACAGGGUUGUACUGCCCUCAACCUGUGAUGUUCACUAGUUUGUUUCAUAUUUUUAUAUCCCACACCUCCUCGGAGGAUUGUAACUGAACUUCUACCUUUUAAAUGAAAAGAAACACAAAGAUCUUUUGUGUUUUCUUGCAAAAAAAAGGCUUAAUGUUGACUUAUUCUGUUUUGUAGAACGUUCUAUCUAAUGUUAGACUGUUACCAUUUUCUUGUUUGCCGAGUUUUUGCCACAAAGUUAUUCUGGUACUUGUAGUUUGCAUGCCUGAAGUAAUAUUUUCUUGGCAACUUUUGGUGUCAUGAAACACUUGAAAUUGUAGUAUUAUUAGGGGCCUGAAGUAAUAUUUUCUUUGCAUGCCUGAAGUAAUAUUAGGGGCCUCUGCAAUCUGAGUGCCCAAACUUAAUAAUGUUAGGUAGCAUUACGUCUGACGAGGCCGUAUAGAGUUUUGGAUUUAAAUAUUGCUCAUUGGGGUAAUCUCUCUAAGAUGGAUUCGCUGGUGUUAAACAUUAUGGAGACCGUUCCUUCAUAUAUGUAUUUCAGACAGCUUUCGUGUGGCUUAAUAUAGACCUAUUCUGUUUUAUAGAACGUUGUAUCUGCUGUUAGCCCGUUACCUCUCAAGCUGGUUACCAUUUCUUGGUUGCCAGAGUUUUUGCCAGAGAGUUAUUCUGGUACUUGUAGUUUUUUGCAUGCCCUGAAGUAAUAUUUUCUUGGUAAAAUUUGCCGAGUUUUUGCCACUAAGUUAUUCUGGUACUUGUAGUUUGCAUGCCUGAAGUAAUAUUUUAUUGGCAACAUUUGCCGAGUUUUUGCCACAAAGUUAUUCUGGUACUUGUAGUUUGCAUGCCUGAAGUAAUAUUUUCUUGGCAACUUUUGGUGUCAUGAAACACUUGAAAAUGCAGUUAGGGGCCUCUGCAAUCUGAGUGCCCAAACUUAAUGCAUGACCUGUUAAAGGGAUCUCUCUGAUUGUCUGAAACAUUGUGGUAGACCAUUCAUUGGUUAAUUUAAGCUUCUUUCAUUGGUUCUUGAAAAAUUGAAAUAUCAGCUCAUCAGAUCUCCAUGCAUUCUCUCUUCCACGCACAAACAAGUGCCCUUUAUUUGUGAAAGCUGAAGAAAAUAGUCUAUGCGCUCUUGUUGAAUCUGAUGCCAGUAUGCAAAGGUCACCGCCAGAUGCUAGAGUUCAUUUAAUUUUUCGAGUGCAGGGUACAACUCACCUGGGCAUUUGGGUACCCGAACGCAAAGCGAACCGUAUUAACUGAAUUGUCGGUUAUUUCGGUUAUCGGGUUAGGGUUCGGUUUUUGGUUUCUGCCAGUUCGGUCUUUGGGUUAGGGUUCGGUUCUCACUCCUAAAAACCCGAAAUAACCGAAUUGACCCAUAUUUACUGAACUCUCUAACGUUUGGCUGUGCUAUACUCACCAAUAAAUGAGGCCCAACAACACAGUCGCACUCCUUCGCCAAUUCUCUUGACCCUAACCCUAGAGCAGGCGGCGGCUGGUGGCACGUGCACGGCUGCAUCUGCUCGUUCGCACGCGCGUUGUGACACCGGAUGCGGCAGGAGAUGACACCAUCGAUGCGUUAUCAUGCGGGAAGCAACGCCGGAUGCCAUAGAGGACGACACCGGACGCAGGAGGCCUGUUGGCAACGAUGCCUCCUGCUGGAGCCGGAGGUGAUGAGACAAGCCGGUAGCUAGACAAGGAUAUUGCAGCGUAUUGACUACAUGCAUGUAUCCUGCGUGUAUGCACUGCUGUAUUAUCUGGAUUUGAAAAACUUGUUUGUUCUCUGUAUGCACUACUGAAUUUGCAAACGUGGUGCUUUGUCCUGUGUGUAUGCAUUUCUGAAUUUGCAAAGGUGCUGCUUUGUGUUGUG